AUGCACAGAUCAGGGCCAUUUGAAAGACCAGAACUGGAAGAUAUGCUCGAUCAUUUACAACUUAGUGGUAGUGAUCGUAAUGUCUACUCCUAUGAAAGUCAAAACAAAGUUAAUUCCUUUGUUAGCGAAGAUCAUGGAUGUCCAAAUGUUUCUGAAAAUUAUAACAAACUAUGUAAUAAUUUGAAUCAAUCUAUUCAAACUGUUGCGAUGUCCGAUGACGAUACUGAUAGUUGUGAUGACGAGAAAUUUGAAUCUUUUGUGAAUAGUAGAAUAAAUGUAGUAUCAAAAUCAAUUGACAAUCAGAUACCUCAAGAGAUUAACAAAACUCUUUCAGAAAAACCUUUUCUAUCUAAAAAAAUCAAUAAUUUUCUCCAAAAUAAUUCAUAUUCUCAGUUGUGUAGAACAUCGAAAAAAAAUAUAUUGCUACCCAAUAAGUCUAUUCCUUUCAAGCAGCAUACAGAAAUACGGAAUCAAGCAAUUAAUUUUAAAACACCCCUGAAAUUGAAAACGAAAAAGAUGCCUAAUAGUAGUAUAUUAAACCUUUUGGACAAUGCUGCGUCACCAAGCACUGAUAGUCCUCCCAUAUUAAAGCUCGAAAGUUUGAACUCAAAUACUCAUUCCGUGGACUAUCGGCCUAAAAGAACUCAUUCAAUAACAGAAUCUAAUUUCGAUCAUUUUUCUUUAAGAAAAAAAGCAAAAACAUGUAUGUCCAAAAUUUCAGCUUAUGUUCCAGUGGCAAAAUUUUUAAGAAGUAGACAAUUAAAAACCAUAAGUCUUUAUGUUAGAAGUCCAGGAAAUUUAGGUAUUAUUGUGAGAAAUAAAGAGGGCGCUAGAACAAGUUUCAUUGUCUCAAGUCUUGAUAAAGAUGGCGAAGCCGCGAAAUCUAAACAGAUUCACAUUGGUGACGAAAUUGUUAAAGUUUGUAGUCGAAGAUUGCGAGGCAUGACUUUACUAGAAGCACGCAAUGCAUUAAAAGCUUGUUCUGGCCUAAUUGAUAUUCAGAUCGCCAAAGAACCUAAAUUUUUCUUUGAUGAAGAACUCAGUGAUGAAUCGAAUAACUCUUUGGUGAGAGUGAAAAGUGACUCUGAUAUUUGGAUGCGACAAGAACAAUCAUUUGAACAUAAAAUUCCGGAACUUUAUACAUCUUCUUUUAUUGAUAGUCUUCUAUCAAAACAAGAAAUGAAUACUUCAACAAAUAGUGUUAGUUCUACUAAUAUGAAUGUAGUAAAUAAUGAUGUCAAUUCGGAUGCAAGCUAUCAAAAAAUUACUGGCAUGAGAAAGUUUCAAGUAAUGAAAAAGUAUUCUUCGAGUAUGGAAUAUUUUUCUCAUCAAAUUGAUAGUUUUCCUUCUAAUUUAUUCACCAUUACUUUUGAAAAAGGAACUACAAAAAAAUUAGGCUUUACCAUCGUUGGUGGAUCAGACAGUAGCAGAGGUAAUAUGGGUAUUUUCGUAAAGGACAUUACCGAAGAUGGACAAGCUGCAAAAGAAGGAACUUUGAAAGUUGGAGAUGAAAUUUUAGCUAUUAAUAAUCAAGUUAUACAAGGCUUAACACAUGCUGAAGCAUUGAAAGCAUUUAAGUCUGUGAAAGCAGGGAGAAUGAUUUUAUGCAUUAGUCGAAAAGAUUCGAUUCAUAGAGCAUCGUAA